UGCCUCGAAACUUUAGAAGGGUCACUAAAUCAACAACAACAAUCGGUUUCGCGCCAGACAGAAGUACUGCUGCAUCAAAAUGGCGUGGAGAAACCAAGGCAUCACAGGGUCUAACAACAUCCCCUUGGGUAAGCGCCGCUUUGGUGGCGACGAAGAAGACGGCGUCAAGAACGGGAGCGCAUCGCCCAAUGGGUCCUACAACGGCUCCUACAACGGCGGCUUUUCAAACGGCGACCGCGAUGUCAAGCGCGGCCGCAGUCCUGAACGCUCUGAGCACGAUGGACCGAGACGCCGCAAGAAGCGCAAUCGCUGGGGCGACGCGACCGAGAACAAAGCCGCCGGCUUGAUGGGUCUUCCCACCGCUAUUGUCGCCGACAUGACCAGCGAGCAGCUCGAGGCCUACACGCUUCAUCUGCGCAUCGAAGAGAUCACUCAGAAGCUCAAGAUCGACGAUGUCGUCCCCGCGGAUGGAGACAGAUCCCCUUCACCUCCUCCGCAGUACGACAACCACGGUCGCCGUGUCAACACUCGGGAAUACCGUUACCGAAAGCGCCUGGAGGACGAGCGGCACAAGCUGGUCGAAAAGGCCAUGAAGACGAUUCCUAACUACCACCCGCCUCAGGAUUAUCGCCGGCCGACCAAGACUCAAGAGAAGGUCUACGUGCCGGUCAACGACUAUCCAGAGAUUAACUUCAUUGGCUUACUUAUCGGACCCCGUGGAAACACACUCAAGAAAAUGGAAGCAGAAUCCGGUGCCAAGAUUGCCAUUCGUGGAAAGGGCUCCGUCAAAGAAGGCAAGGGGCGUUCUGAUGCUGCUCACUCCAGCAACCAGGAAGAGGACCUGCACUGCCUCAUCAUGGCCGACACGGAAGAGAAGGUCAACAAGGCGAAGAAGCUGAUUCACAAUGUCAUUGAGACGGCGGCGUCUAUCCCCGAGGGCCAGAACGAGCUCAAGCGUAACCAGUUGCGCGAGCUUGCUGCCCUGAACGGAACCCUCCGCGACGACGAGAACCAGGCAUGCCAAAACUGCGGACAGAUUGGGCACCGCAAGUACGACUGCCCCGAGAGACAGAACUUCACCGCCAACAUCAUCUGCCGUGUCUGUGGUAAUGCUGGCCACAUGGCUCGUGAUUGUCCUGAUAGGCAGCGGGGCGCUAGCUGGCGCAACGAUGGCCCGGCGGGUCGGCCUGUUGGUCGCAUCGGCGGUGGCGAUGCCGUGGAUCGCGAGUACGAGCAACUCAUGCAAGAACUUGGUGGCACGGGUGCUGCGCCUGCCCGCAUCGAAGCCGGCCCUGGAUCGAACGGUCCCCCUGGCGGGGGUGAUGCCCGGCCCUGGGCUCGGGGACCUACUGGUGGGCCCGCACCCUGGCGUGUCCGGAACAACGACCGCGACAGCGAGAGCGGUCCUUCAGGGGGCCCUGCUCCGUGGGCCCGUGACCGCGGCGAUCGGGACCGCGACCGAGACCGCGGCUACCGUGGUUCCGAUGGCCGCGACGGAGGUGACAACUAUUAUCCCGCCCAGAGCGCGUACGGUGCCGCCGCCCCGGCCGCGCCCCCGGGAGCUGCUCCUUGGCAUCAGCCCAUGGGUGCACCGGGCGCACCGGGCGCACCCGCCGCAUAUGGUGGAUACCCAGGUUACGGUGGUUACGGCGCGCCUGGUGCUCCUCCUGGAGUGGGCGGUGCACCUCCUGGCUUGCCCCCUCCGCCCCCGCCGCCUCCCGGUGCUGCUCCGCCGGGCCUUCCGGGCGGACUCAAUGCGCUCAUCCAGCAGUACGCCAACGCUGCUCCGCCUCCACCUCCUCCUCCUCCCUCGGGAGAUGCUCCGCCGCCGCCUCCCAUGGACCUGCCGCCUCCGCCGCCGCUUUAGGGUGGACACUGGUAGCGUAGCAACUUGCUGCAGUGUAUCCUGCGCCAGGUCGUGGAAGUGCUACUGACUGAUAGGAUGCUUUGAUUAACCUGUUCUCACUCACUUUUCCGUAGCGCAACUUUUCAUCUUCACUAAGUUGACAGGGUUGCUCUUGGUGGGAGUGGGAACUAACUGUACACGUAGCUCUUUUCUGUUGGGAAUUGUUGUUCUAUAAAGCUUUAGAUGUCGCGCGAGUUGAGAGCCUUGAGACACAUGCAUUGUGAUGGUGCCAACUGCUAGCGCCAGCAGCCCAAGGCUGUUGUGCCUUUGGUCGAGCCCGUU